AUGCCGCCCAAGACCACACGCUACUCAACCGUCUCGCACGCGGACACUUACGACGACGACUCGUCGGCGACGGAGGUCGACGAGGCCUUCGCGGACGGCGAGAAGCAGUGGCACCAAAUUGACCUGGACACGGAUCACAAGUCGUCGCAAGGGCACGCGUGGAAGCGGGUCAAGGGGGCGCUGCGGCGGUACCGGUGGCUCAUCGACACGCUGCUGCUGCUCACCAACAUCGGGCUCUCGCUGGGGCUGUCGCUGCUGCUGUACUACCAGUUCGAGGACUUUAGGUUCCCCUCGAGCACGAGGCAGGUCGGCGGGGACUACACGGGGGCCGGGCCGCAAUUCCCCGUCAAGAUCCAAAAGUUCGACGCCGACUACGACUUUGUGCCGCCCAACGCGACGGAGUUUCUGUCCUCGACGACGCUGGGCCAUUGGCGGACCAUCAUGCCGGCCGGCGCCGGAUGGAAGUCAGAAGACGACAGGCCGUUUUUCACGACGACCAUGACGCACCAACUGCAUUGCAUAUACAUGAUGGGCCGCUUCUACUCGGGCCUCGCCUCCGGCAACACCGCUGGGCUGCCGGCGGACCACGACACGCACUUCUACCACUGCAUCGACUACCUCCGGCAGGCCGUCAUGUGCUCGGCGGACCUGGCGCUGGAACCGCACCACGCGACGGACGCCGACGACAACGGGCCCGGCGACGGCAGCUGGAAUGGCAUGCACGUGUGCAAGGAUUACGGGCAAGUGUUGGAAUAUGUAGACCGGCAAAUUACCGAGGGGGUUCGCGUUGUGCUGCCGAUAGACGACUAG